AUGGGCUUACCCUUCCUUUGCCAUACUCGCGUUUGUUUGUUCUCCAACAAAAUACCUUUCGUUUUGUGUGGUUCCCGCUUCGCCCCAGCAACCCUGCACGCGCAUCACACAGCUGCUGGUGGGGGGGAGACGCUAAACUUUCCUGAGCUGUCGUCACCCUCCACUUCUAAGGAGCCCUCCGUGGGCAGCGAUUCACCACAGAAGAAAAAUAAAAAGCAAGCGUUUGAUGCCCUGGCACGUUGGUGCGGCGGUCACCAGCAGCUGCUAAUGCGAAUCCAACAAUCGGCCGAAGAUACUUCGGCGGGGGUUGUAUUUGAAACCCCAUUGACUGAGGUCGACAGCGCCGCGAUUAGAUGGCUGCAGGGGUCCACGGAACAGCUCACAUGUGGGCAAUCAUUGCUGGUUUGUAGUUUUGUGUGCGAAGUACUUUAUUGCCAGCUCAACAGUGCUUCAGGUGGUAUCGGUGUGGAAGAGGCGCAACGACUGCAAAUACAUGCACUCACAAACCGGAUUGCGGCACUUCUUCAGAGGGCUGAUGAGAGCAACAAACUUGAAUCACAACCUCUCUCAGUUCUUAUGAGCUGCGCUUACGUAGUACAGCGUCUCAAGUAUGUGGAUAACCCUUUGUUCGGGGAGACCCAACGGUCGCUGGUUAAAGUACCACCUUCAAUUAUGUUUGCACUUCUUCACAAACUGCGUGGUGAUGGUUUGGGGAAGCUAUUCCAACUGGACGAGCGCACGGCUACCGAUGUUUGCCUUUCCUUUUUAUUUAUCGCCACUGAGGAGCAUCGCCAGGCGUUCUUUUCCAGCGGGGAUGCCGCGCUUGUGAGCAACGUUCUUCGCCGCCUCGUACGGCACACCGCGUCGAAAACACGUAGGAUGCGAAUCCAGAAGGAGGGUGACAUCAUUGAUUUGCUGACUGUGGAUUCACCCAGCGACGGAGAUGCACGGCAAACCCCUGUGUGUACGAGCGGGACCGGUUUUACUUCACCUAGUAUGCGAGAGUGCGCUAUGAUUAUGCAGAAUGUCAGUUUCAGUUCCCCAAGCAACCGAUUGGAACUACUGUUGUAUUUGUUGUGCGUACGCAGGAACCUUGCACAGUGCUCGUUAAAGGAUAUAGAGUUAGUUCCUACCGUUCUCAGUACAGUAGCGAACAUCCGCUCAGCGGAGGCGUGCAGUAUACGUAAAAAGAUAAUUUCACAGUUAUGGCUACCGGAAAAUAAUCCUACACUCGUUGCACAGCUCCUCGUCCACUCGGGCGAAUCGAUACCGCGCUAUGUGACGUACCUGCAAGGGGUACCACCGAGCAAGCUUUCUCCUGGGGACGCCACACAAGUGAUUCUGUGUGCUGGUACAUACCUUUCAUAUGAAUCUUUGCAACUUUACAUAAUGGCAGCGCUUCGUGACAUUAUGCCGAGCUCCUCUUUGAUCACAUUGGGCGCAGAAACUACGUCUGCGAGUGUGCCGGCAACGGCGUCAGUGCCUACAAGGGUUCCUGCUUGUGAUUCCUUGGAGACUGUUUUGUCGGUGCUGCUUAUGCGAGUAGAGGAGAAAGGUGGUAGCCUUAGCGAAGUUGAGAAAGAUGCCUGUAUGGAGUACAUUCGUCGGUUGAACGAACUUAUUGAUUGGUGUGCGUCCGCUCCAACAUCAUCCCCAAAGCUGGCGUUGCAACGAUUGAUGUUGCUCACGAAACUUUUCAACAGGGGUCUAGUUGUGCACGCGCCCGAAACAGUUGUGGAGUUGGCUGUGCAGUCGCUUCAACUGGAUCCUGGAAAUACCAUGAUGAAUACCCUGAAAUGCGUCUCGGAGGCAUUGCCGUUAGUUUCCGACGACAAGAAACGGUCCAUCAUCAUUGAAAAGAUGAUUUCCUACAGUGGCACUCGUACAACUUCGUCGGUAAUACGCUUUUUGCUGCUUUUGGCUCCACUAGUUGAUGCAGAUAGUCCACACAGUUGUGAGUUGGUUGAGCAACUGCUAAAGUUUCAUACGUUGAAUCCCCACAAGCUGCGGCAAGCAUCCGUGGAGGGUGUUGCUAAGGGAAUCGAUGUUUACACGCUUCUUCUUAUUAACGGAAUUGACUUCCUUUUGGCUAGUGGGGAUUGGCGUUCAUCACCUUCACAACUUCAGAAUGUUAUUACCACUUGGGUCCGCGAUUAUACUUUAUAUGUUAUGGAUCCAGCGCGAAAACAAAAGAUAGAUGAUGGGACCGCGGCGCAUGUCGCUCCUGCUACAAAAGGUGAAAAGACCGAUGUGGUGCAGCACCAACAACCGUCAAGGCUGAAUGAGGGCGGCGAACUCCCCACGCUAUCCGGUCCCAAUGACGAUGAACUGGAGCAGGUCUUUACGUGCUUGCUUCGCGCCGGAGUAAAACUACCGCAUGCCUUUUCAAGUGAACUUCUUUCCAGAAUUCACCGCCUUCAAGCGAAGCAGAACCCUGCAGACGGUACGGAUCAACAGGUUGUAUUUCCCCUUCCCGCUCACUUUGUAUUCUGCUGCAAACUGGAUGUCCCCGUUGAAGUGUCUGUUACUCCGGAAAUGAUGAAGUACCAUAUCGACGCAUGUGAUUACCGAAUAAUUCAUUGCGUGAUCACUGCUUUCUUCUCAGCUGCCGGAACUUUUAAACACAACAUUAACGAUCUUUUAUUAUGCAACAUGCGUUUGGCUUCUCGCUCCUUCGAGUUAUUCAUCCAACGGCUGGGGGAAGAGGCGAGCAGGUCAUUUCGCCCAGCUACCGUUUCGUCUGUCGUGGCAAACACGUUGCGGUUUGUUGUGAACCACAUCACGAAGCAGGAGCGGUGCCAACGUGUUUUACGGAAGCUUAACGAGAAGGGAGGAAUUGAAGCAGGGGAAGAACUAGAAGGUGAUCGGUCUCUUAUUGUUGAACAUACACGGCUUGGUGAAUUGUUAACCCGGAUGAUUGCCUAUCUAUCGGGUGCGCACGUGAAAAAUGUGGGGCUCUCAGUGCUUGAUCGGUUGUCUUUGUUGUCCCCCGCCUGUGGAGAAUACCUCAUGAUGCGGCUUUCCACACAGCUCAGUGAAUUUACGCAGGUGGAGUUGCUCUAUCUGGUGCAGAAGUAUCCGAAAUCACAGGAUUUAGUUGCCGAAUUGCUAGGGAAAAGUGAUCUUGUGAGUUCGAUGGACUUCGGUGAUUAUAUGCGUGUCAUGCGAAAUCUUCCCAUGUCGAUUAACGCACUGGUUAUUGGUGCCCAUCUACCAGGACUCAACUUUCAGUGGUGCACCCGGAUUUUGUCGUCGUUAUCAGUGCGACACGAGUCAGUGCCGUUGCAUCUUCUGGCGUCGGUGCUACGGCGUCUCAACGAUGUGACAGAAAGCGCUACCCUGACGGACCGCAAUAUAGCGUUUGUUGUCCUGCAGAAAUAUCUGCAGUUUGAUCAGACAUCAGGCGAUGGUGGUGACUUGGAAGAACGGCAGCGACUCAUAAAAUGCAGUUGCGACAAACUGUUGGUACUGAGCAGGAUUAACUCACUUGAUACGUUAAAGGAGUUUCUCGUAGAAUUUCCGGAGGCCCUGAGCGGUGUCAUUUGUGAAAGUCUGAGUAAGCACGUCGUGCAACAUAUUGUUGGCGGGUUACUGAAAGAUCUUGACGGCCUCUUGACUCUCUGCCGCCUGUUGCAUCGGCACAAACUUCUCACCAGUGAUGUCAAGGUGGCAAUUGUGGAUGGUUUCUUCAUGAAGACGCUUCAGAGCGAGGUAGAAGGUCGUGCUAACAUCGAAGGCGAAAGCAGUCAGGGACUUCAGCCGUUGAAUUCGCUGAGGGGUGCAUCCUUGAAGACAACCCAUCCAGUGUCUAAUGUUCUAGCACUUGCUCUGUUACUCAGUGAUGGUCCGUUGCAUUUUCCCGGGGCCUCCAACAGUUCCAGUACUAUUUGUGGUGAUAAUGAACGUUGCGCUGUUAGUAGUAUGUUUCAGGUUGUGAAAGAGUCGUAUACUUCCCCACGGGACCGACUGCUUAUCGCGAACACAUUGGUGGGUCAGAAGGGCCCAAAUGCUCUGACUGUUGUCGCAAAAGAAAUUUGCACGGAACUGAUUGAAAACUGUGAAUCUGUGACCUCCAAUGAUUUUUCUAGACUUCUUCAAUGCAUCAGCAGGCUAAAGUGUUGGUCUGAGCUGGACCUUGCCAACUCACGAUUUGACGAAGUUUUUCAGCGGUCCUGCACCCAGGCCGAUGCCCACAGCCGCUGCGUUGCGUUCAGGGCUGUUUCCUUUGAGGCUGACAUAUUCCGAAGGUACGAAUCGUUUAUGAUUCCUCUUCUUCAAGAAACUGUGGACGUUAUGUCGAACGAGGAUCUUGAAACAGUACUCUCAUCAGUGCUUAGCCUGCCGUUUACCGAGGCUUUAGAGUCACUCAUCGACGCUAUCGGAACCCGACUUCUUCGUAUGAUUGACCAAUGCCGACGCAGCGCAUUAAUUCGACUGUUACAGUGUCAUGCUGUCUUCGGCAUACAAGACGACGCUCUCGUUAGUAUUUGCGUUGCCACGCUGACGGACCAGUGUGGUCGCGACUUUCGACUGGACACUGCGCAGGUGUUGGCACUCCUUCAGGCUGCGGUCGAUCUGGACUUUUUUUUGCCACCUAAGUUGGUCACCAGUUGCUUCACCUGGCUCGAGCAUCACGUGGAAAACAUGACCAUAACGCAACUGGGCCACGCAGUACGUCUUGCAGUUGACGUGGAAGUGGGUUAUACUGCCGCCGUGCACACGCUGACACUCCGCGCGUUGGAACAGCGGGAUGCCAUACGCAGUAAUGCGUCGUUUCGUGAGGCGGUGGAAAUGCUGUGCGAUGAGUUCAGCGCCGAGAUUCCUUGGCAUUUGCGGGCCCCUGUUUUGCGUAGGCGGUACCAGUCGGAAAGACUGCUGGAGUACCUCGACAAGCGGAGACUGGCCGUUGACUCUACAGUUGCGUAG